CGCCACGGCCGCUGGCGCUGGGAGGCCCCGCAGACGCCAUUUCCUCGGCGCCCCCGCGGCGGCGCGGCUGCAUCAGCGCUGACGUGAGGCCGACGCGCGGCUCCGCCCGGUCCCCGGUCCCCCCCACCCCCUGUGACGGGGGCAGCACGUACAGGGCGGCGGUGCAGGGUUUGGUAGGAGAGAAAGGGAACCGAAGAGAACCGAGCUCUUGUUUUAAAAUUCACACCUUCCGUUAUGACUAAGUGUGCCAAGAAAUAUCGAAAAGGAACUGUCAGACAGAUGACCAUGGAAAUGGUUGAACAGGAUGACAAUGCAGUGGAUUCUAUGACCGAGAGAAAUGCUGGUCACCUUCAGAAUCAGUCAGGCCGAAGUCAGAUUUCCUCAGGACCUGAGGUUUCUGUAGCUGCUUCAAGUGCUGGAAGAGGAUCUCCAGCUGUAACUCUAGUGCAGUUGCCUUCUGGUCAAACUGUUCAUGUCCAGGGUGUCAUUCAAGCCACACAGCCCUCAGUCAUUCAGUCACCACACAUGCAAGCUGUUCAGGUAGCAUCGAUUGCAGAUGAAGCUGCAGUAUCAGAAGUGAUAAUUGAUUCCCAAAAACGUAGGGAAAUACUUUCAAGAAGGCCUUCAUACCGAAAAAUUUUGAAUGAACUCUCAUCAGAUGCUCCUGCAGUAGCAAAGAUUGAAGAAGAAGAGAAGUCAGAAGAUGAAGGAACUCCUUCUGGUAUUUCUGCCAUGGCCAUGCCAACCAGCCUGUAUCAUACUAACACAGGGCAAUACCUUACUAUAUCUCAAGGUGGUACAAUCCAGACAGUGACAAAUUCAGGAGCUCCUCAACCAGGUGCUACCAUUGUGCAAUAUGCAGGACAGUCAUCUGAUGGCACACAACAGUUUUUUGUUCCUGGAAGCCAAGUUGUUGUUCAAGCUGCCACUGGAGACAUGCCAGCUUACCAGAUUCGAACUCCCACUACUACCUUACCUCAGGGAGUGGUCAUGGCAGCCUCACCAGGGACUUUGCAUAGUCCUCAGCAAAUGGCAGAAGAGGCAACACGCAAGAGAGAGCUGAGACUCUUGAAAAAUAGGGAAGCUGCUAAAGAAUGUCGACGUCGGAAGAAAGAAUACAUAAAAUGUCUGGAGAGUCGUGUUGCAGUGCUAGAAGUUCAGAACAAGAAACUUAUACAGGAGCUUGAAACCCUAAAAGACAUUUGCUCUUCCAAAACAGAUUAGUAAAAAUAUUUAUUAUACUGUGAACUAAGAUAUGUCCAGUUGCUUUAUAAGACAAUACAUAGCCAAUGUGAAUUAUGGCUUUCUCUUUGUGUCAUUUAUAUUAUAUUCCAACUCCUAACAUUCCUGAAUGCUUUCCUGCUUUUUGUCCAUUCAUAGCUCUAAUUUCAGGUUUUUCAUGCUCCUCCCUUCCGUCUCCCAAGGAGCCAAAUGUUAAAAAAUAUAACAGAGUAAAAAAGCGCAUAAUUUCUAAGAGCUGUUUCUUUGCCAUAUAUUUACAUACUACUUUUUACAUGUUACUGAGUGUCCUGCACAUAGAAAAUAUUUUACAAUUGUUUUAGAUGAAUUAUAAAGAUGAUGCAUCCAGUAAUAUGAGAAAAUCAAACCACCCAAGGUAUCUCAGGAAAGAGUUUAUAAAAGAAUGUUAUGAUUAUAUGUAUGUAUACUAGCAUACUAGUCUACAGAUGAUUUUAUGGCAUAUUUUUAUAUUAGUUGCUUUGUGGAAAAAAAGUAUUGUAUUGCUGUCACUGAGUGCCAUGGUUAAAGAUAGUUUUUAAUAGAACCAUGUUGUUUAACCUGUGUAGUGUCUGAUUUCCUUUAAACACCUGAUUGAGCUGCUUUAAAAGCCAUGAGUAUCUGGAAGAGGACAAAGGAAAAAACCACACCUAAGCUCAUGACAUGAUACUAAGCAUAUUGUAAAUACUUGUAAGAAGCUCUCUGUUAUAUGGCUGCUAUCUAAAUUUUCUGUAGUCUGCAGAAUAUUUGAUUUAUUAGAGGUCUGUAUAUCAAAAUUUAAAUUUGCACCCUGAAUACUUCACAUUCUUGAUUCUGUACACCUGUGGACAGUUGCCUAUAGCGAAGACUGAUGGUGCAGUUUUUUUCACAAUUUCAGCAAACUACUGAGUGAUGAUAAAGGUGUCUUAAAGAAGGAAGCUUUCCAAUAAACAGUAACUAUUUGCUGAUUCACUGGGUUUUGAAAUAGCCCAUAGGUGAGAGCUGAAGAUCUUUAAAAUAAACCCAUGUUUAAAGUAGAUUACAGCUCUGGUAAAUACAGAAUGUGCCACUUUCCAUUGUGCUUUGAAAGAAAAUAGUGCUUAUGCAAAGUAGCUUCUGGGUAUUUCUUUAAUUCAGGAGUGAUCUAAUUGUUUGUUGGCCAGUACAGUCUGUGAGGAGAGUAUUUGGGAGCUUUGCUGGAAGUAAUAGCAGCAUUGCCUUACUGAUGUGGUAGGAAGAAAGGCUUGGUUCCUACUUAAUUGGCUUUACUGAGGGGAGUGUGUGUGUGUGGAGGGGAGGAGGGAUGGAAUCAUACUGAAGUCAUGGAGACUUCUUAAUUUAAUUUAAACUGAAUUUGCAUUUAACCCACUUCACUCUGACCCUGUUGGGGUGGCUUGGUUUGUGUAUAUCUUUCAUUUUUUCUUUUUUACCAAAUUACUUGAAAUACACAGGAUAACUUUCUCGAAUCUUUUGAAAGUCCUAUUAGGUACGUAAGUGAGACUGUAAGAAGUCUUCUCUCUCACUUCUCGCAGCCACAUCAGUUGAUUAAGGAGGAAACAAGCUGCCUUUUGACCUCUGGGGCUCUGUUGCAGCUCUGGAACAAAAGUAAAGUAAACUUUGAAAUAUCCACUUCACUGGAACACUUCCAGGUAUGGGAUAUCCACAGCUUUGCUGGGCAACCUGUUCAGUGCCUCACCACCCUCUGAGUAAAGAAUUUAUUCCCGACAUCUAAUGUGAAUCUCUCCUCUUCCGGUUUAAAAAUCAUCCACCCUUGUCCUAUCAUUGUCUGCCUGUGUACAUAGUUGCUUUUCUUCUUUUAUAUACGCCCUCUUUAAGUACUGAAGGGCCCCAGUGAGGUCUCCCUGGAGCCUUCUUUUCUCCAGGAUGAAGAAACCUGGCUAUCUCAGCAUAUUUUCAUAGAAGAGAUUCUCCAGCCAUGUGAUUAUGUUCGUGGCUCCCCUCCAGACCUGCUCUAACAGGUCCGUGUCUUUCAGGUGCUGAGGACCCCAGAGCUGGAUGCAGCACUGCAUGUAGGAUCUCACAAGGGCAGAGUAGAGGGGCAAAAUCCUCUCCCUCCUUGCUGGCCAUGCUGGUUUUGAUGCAUCCCAGGAUGGAGUUGGCCUCAUGUGCAGCCAUUGCACAGCACAUUGUUGGGUCAUGAUCAGCUUUUCAUUCAUGUCCUUCUCUGCAGCUCCUCACACUUGGACUUGUUGAACAUCAUGAGGUUCUCAUGGGCCCACUUCUCAAGCUUGUCCAGGCUCCCCUGGAUGACAACCCAUCCUUCUGUUGUGUCAGCUGCACUGCUCAGCUUUGUGUCACCCACAACUGUGCCGAGGGAGCACUUGAUCUCACUCUUUAUGUCAUUGAUAAAGAUACUAAAGAGCACUGGUCCCAAGGCAGAAUCCUGGGGGACACCACUUGUCACAGGCCUUGACCUGGGCAUAGAGCCAUUGCCCACAACUGUCUGGCUGCAUCCAUCCAACCAAUUCCUUAUGCACAGAGUAGUCCACCCUAUUUUUAAGACAUUUGAUUAAUGUUUAUUUUUUAUUUAAAUGAUUAUUUGUUGGAGGGGGUGUUUUGUUAAUAAUGGAAGCUAAAUGCAAAUGCUCUUGGCGUAUGGUCGUUCUGGAAAAUUCCAUUUGAUCUGUUUAUCUGCACCAGGGAGAAAUAUCCUAUUUCAGAGAAGCAACUGCAGAAAAGCUGGCUCAUUUAGGCUAUGACUAGGAAAAAAGGAAGAGUUUUAAUGAUGCAUUAUUCUUUCAUUCUCAGUAAUUCAGUUCGGUAUAACAAUUUUGAAAGAAUUAGCAACACACAUUUCUGUAUUUUAAAGUAAGAAUGAGCAAAUUUGUUGUUGAAUAAGAACAUUUUAAAUCUUCAGUUGGUAAAAGGAGAACCAAGAUGUGAUGAAGGAAAUAACUUAUGUCAAAAUGGGCAAAGGCAGGUGUGCGCUAAUGCCAAGAAUCUGCCGUCAGAUUACUACUUAAAGGAAUAAACCCUGAAAAGUUCUGAA